AUGGCAUCAAGACCACACCCUCAACCUAUCGAGCGCGAUGCGUCUGACCAUAUCAGACUACUGGAAUCCGUAAUAGAGGCACUCCAGCAACAGAACACUGCUUUGGUACAACAGAAUAUGGCCGCCCUGCAGAGUUUAGAGGCUAUAAGAGCACACUCUGAAGCUACCCAAAGACAACUGAUGGAGAUCAUAGAAAUCACUAGGAACAUUAUCGGAGCAUUCACUUCCUCUGGGGAUCACAGGACCGAGUUGAGUUUGGAGUGUUUCCGUCAUCAUCAUCCAGCUAAGUUCACUGAGAAGUGUCUCCCUGAUGAGGUGGAUAGGACUCAAGUAUUAGAGAAGAGUGUGACGGAAUUGGAACAGCACGAGGAGCAACAACAUCAGACAAUAAGAGAAGCCAUAUCCUCAAGGAACAAUGAUGAUCCAAGGAGGACACCUUACGAUCGUUCAGUAUCACCAUCUGCUUCUGGUGGGUUGCUAUCACAAUGUUUGGUGACUGCCGGUCGGUCUGGACAGAAAAAGGACGUAAAAUGUUUUAAGUGUGGAGGACCACACUUCCGAUCAUCGUGUCCACAGUUGUUAGGGGUAAAGACCUGUAUUCAUUGUGGGAGGAACGGACACCUAAAGCGCGAGUGUAAUAUGGGAGGACAAACGGUGACGAAGCCAUCAAAUACUUGGAGAAAUCAACCAGGGAGUGGUGGCCAAGCACAGGCGAACGGUCGAGUGAUGCCAUAA